UACGAUGGACGCGGCAAUGCAGAUUCUCCGUUGCCGGCUCUACGAUCCGCGAGCGUCUCCGGUGUUCGCAAGCGCCGAGGAGAAUCGAAGGAAACUGUAUGAUCUUUUCAGGCACACGAUUUGUCAAGCGUGCAACAAUUCAGCGUUGCUUCUUGGGCCCCGAGGCUGUGCACCCAAUGUAGGUGCUCGAGCACGUUUUGAGAGAAAUCCAGGAGACUUUUCCGGAUCGAAUUUCGAUCGUAGGGAAGAUCUUUUGUUUGUUAUCUCACCUCUAAAACUUUUGUUCUGUUGUUUUCGUUCUCAGGUUAGGCUGAAUGGUCUUUUACAUGCCGAUGAUCGAAGUGCCUUAAAGGAGAUUGCAAAGCAACUAUGCGUGGAACACGAGCUCGAGUUUUCCAAAGCUGCAUCCUUUGAGGAGAACUUGCGCUUCCUGACUGUCAUUCUGGAGCAGUUUUCUCUCUCACACAAGGCCCUUGUUCUUGUUCUGGACGAAUUCGAUCUUUUUGCGCAGAAACCAAAGCAGUCCCUUCUGUACAACUUGUUGGAUCUGUUGCAAUCGCCCUCUUCCCAAGCAGCUGUAAUUGGUAUCAGCUGCAGACUGGAUGCCGACCAACUCUUAGAAAAACGAGUAAGAUCUCGUUUUUCACAACGCAAGAUCCUUUUUCUUCCUCCUCCUAGUGAAGAGAUCACCAGGUUUCUGGAAGCGGUACUAGUUAUUCCAGUCGAUUCAUCUGCAAACCUGGCUCAGCAUGCCAACGCUUUCAACGCAAAAAUCUCGGCCUGGCUACAAAUGGAGACCACGAAAGAGCUCGUGAAUAAGCUGGCAGCACUUGAUUCUAGUCCAAGAAAUAUUAUUGACUCAGUCUUUCGGAACCUGUUGGACUACUUAAAAAACACCAAGUCUACAACACCAAAACAUCCACCGACAAUUUGCGCACUUGCUGAUUUGUCUGUGCUCGAGCUUUUUCUGCUUACAUCAAUGAAGCGUCUGGAGAACAAAGAGCGUGACACCUAUACCUUCAACUCUGUUUUCAAAGAGUAUCAAGAUGGUUAUAAGAGUUCCGAUUCCUAUUCGAAAAAGGCUGCUUACAAGGCCUUUGAGCACUUGUUGGAGCGCGAGCUUAUUGGAUACUCGGAUGGAAGAGCUGUGAGCACCUUGUCACAUUUAAGACCUGUGAAAAUGCUCAUCUCUUUUGAGGAGCUUGAGCAAGGCCUCGAGGCCAGUCCAAUUUGUCCGGCUACAUUGCGUCAGUGGUACUCACAACCAGGUGACUUGUCAAUGUUCUCCCUUAUAACUUUCUCCUGGAACGUUUCUGCAGAAGCUUAGAGACUGGAAAAACCUGCAAGUCAUUCACGCGCUAGCUCUCGCCUGAUACGCUUCUGGUUCCUUUUGCGAACCUUGGGCAAGGAAAGCAUCCAUCACAGCCAGAAGCUUUCAUGACGUUGGCGAUAGACCGCAGUCUUCCUCGGCCGGCAUACAGUGUCAGAGUUGCUGGCCGACCAGCUCGACUACUGCGUCCUGCAAAUACGAAAGCUGGUUUUAUGAAGAGAACUUGAAAGGUGAAACUUGGUACCUUCAGCUUCAUUAAGAUCGGCAGGCUGAAUGUCGUUUGCUUCACAGUCGUACCUAUGAUUCAUAAGUUCUAACACUCUGGAUUGAAGGAUACUUCGAGCUAAGCUAUUGGAAACUCCUGAGAGACUGAGAAAGAUUAUCAUCGGCAGCACGUAUCUAAAGCUUUUUCUUCAGCGACAGGAUGUCCUGUAGCAAUUCACUAUGAGUGAGUGUUAGAGAAAUGGAUUAAUCACUAGAGAGCUCUAGAUCCUCUCCAUCAUUGUCCAAAGAAAAAAUACUUUCAUGUCAAAUGUAGAGAUACCAACCUCCAUUUGGAUUUUCUC